GUCGCAUCUUACAGUUCGCAAAGAAAGUAGAAACUAGAAAAUCGUGGUAUUUUAACCGAGUGCUACUCCCAUAAUUGAUCAAUUAUUAAGUAGUGUAAAUUCUUAUUUUAUAUCGGUAAAAUAUAUUAGAAUAGUUAUCAUGGUAUGAGUUUAGCAAUUUAAAUUAAUUUCAGCGUGAUGCUAAAAUCACAGCUGUUUUAGAUAUUCUUUAUUUUUAUUAUUAAAGAAUCUCUUAUCAGAAUGUCUACACGGAGAGCGAGAAUAAAAGCGGUAACAGCAUUACCUCCUAGAAGAAAAAAUGCGCCUAAUUUAAAUAAUAAACCAGAAAAAGAAAGUCCCAAAGUUUCGCAUGUAUCAAAAGAAAGUGAAGAAGAACAUAAAAACACACAAUCCGAUAUUACUGAAAACGCCUCAAGUACAUCAAGCAUAGUUUGCAAUAAAUCCCUUAUUUUUUCUACCAUUGACCAAAAAGAUGUUUCAUCUAAAACAUCUGAGUUACCUGCUACUCCAAAGCCAAGUAAUUUAUUUGCUGCACCUUUAACAAGAAAUAGUCCAAAACGAUUUGCUUCUCCCAAUCUAUUAUCGCCUAGAAGAGAUACAUCUAAAUGUAACACUCCUGUACGGCAAACUAUACCAAGACAUCAUGAUUUCAAUCAAAACACAGAACUGCAAGUAACUAGUAAUUCUGUGAAUAGAGUACAACAAAACAGUAGAAUUGAAGUCUAUAAUGAGAAACCAGAAGCAACAGCAACUGCCAUGGAUGGUAUUGUUCCACUACAACCAGCAGUUGGCCCUAAACCAAUAGAAAAGCUAAAGAAUGAUAUUAUCUCAGAAAAUGCAGAGGUUCUAUUUGAUCCAAUAGUACCUUUGCCAUCUCCUAAUAAAUUACGCCCAAAACUUCGUCCCGUGCCUCGACUAGGACCUAGGAGGAACAGUAUUCAGGGCAGCGCCAGUGAAUCCGAAGAUGAGAGCCGUCGAAGUCUUCUAAGUGGAGGAAACACUCCAGGACCCAGACAGAGGCAUGAUUCACAAACAAUUCUCCAGUCUAUGCUUAAUAGGGACGUAAGCCGUGUCAGGAAUGAGUCGGUAAGUUCCAGUGUAAGCCAAAUUGCGGGACCACAGAUACCUAUGCCAGCAUCUCCCAUAAGAGAUAAGUCUUUAAAGGUUCGCCGUGCUCAAGAAGCAGCAAACAGGCGCGCGGCGAUGGCAUCUCGCCGCAAACGUCAUUGUAAGCGUGAAGACAUGACUAUGUAUGACCUCAUCUUUUACAACCCAACGGAAAAUCCAAUUUUACCAAACGAAGACGAAAUGAGAGCGAAAGAAGAGAGUCUAAAAGAUUUAGAAAAGCAAAGUAUGGAUAAUAAAGAGGAAAGCGUAGAUACUGUUCAGGAAUCUGCGCCCGCGCCGCAAAUUAAACUUGGCCCGAAUGGCGAAAUUAUACUCGAUGAAUCUAGUUUGGUUAUAAAACAAACACAGAACCAGAAAAUAUCUUCAAUAGUCCGUGAAGGGGCUUGGAUGCCCUCUCAAGGGAAAUACAAACGAGGCCCAAGGACAGCGAACUGGAGUGCCCCGGAGACGGUGAGGUUUUAUAGAGCCCUGGCCGCUAUUGGGACUGAUUUUACAUUGAUGGCGCCACUGUUCCCUGAUAGAAGUAGAAAGGAUCUCAAGUUGAAGUUUAAAAAAGAAGAAAAGAUAAAUGGAGAGCAAAUUGAUAAAGCGUUGCGAUGUAGGUUCUCUUGGGACGCCAUGUCGCUCGCGGAAGAGUUUGAGGCGGAGAGAAAGGAAGCUAAGCGGAAAGAAGAAGAGGAGAAGAGGAAACAGAAAGAGUUGAUAGAGCAACAGAAGAAGGCGGAAAGAGAAAGACUGAAAGAAUUCAAAGGAGCUCGGAGAUGUAAAGCUAUGAAAGCGCUCGAAUGUGUCCCAAGCAAUCUGUCUCGGAAGAAAUUUACAAUCACCAACGCCGAUGAUCUUAUAGAACGAGGCAAGCAGAUAGAAAACAACGUGAAAAAACACUUAGCCCAAAAACAUACAAAGUCUUCUACGUUAACUUCCAAAGUGGCCAAGUCUCCUCUCACCCAUACACCUAUAAACAUACCAGCCCAAAGCAACCGUCAAACUCCACUAAAAACUCCAAUUUCCUCUGACAUACCACUUACAAGAAACACAUCUAAAACACCAGAUCUUGCCUUAAGAAACAUUCCCUCCAAUUUAGAAACCGGUUCACUCAUAGUGUUGACUGUAAAUGACCCAAAAUCUCCUGGGAAAAAAAUGUUGCAAACAUACAUCGCUCAGGAAGAAGGUGUAUUAACACAAGUGGCUCUGCCGAGUGGACUUUUGAAUUCAGUAGUAGGUUACAUGAAGAAGGGUACCCCUAGAAGUACUGUGUCGAACACUUCUUCGCCUAUUACACCGAAUACUGAUAGAGCUGGUACUGGCCAGAGUUCUGAAAGGAAACGACAAUCUUCCUUCUCUAUAACAGAACUUUAGCCCAUAUCAAUUAUAGAUAUUCUAAGUAUGAAUUUGCAACUAAGAUUUUUAUUUUAAUUAUGAUUUUAUCUGAUAAUGUAGAUUUAGCAAAAUGUAUGAAAUGUUUGAUACGCCUGAUGCUUAAAAAAACAAUUGUAAGUGUAGCAAUUGUUUUUGUACUCAAUACUCAUCUAAUAUAUCAUAAAUGUAAGAAAACAUGAGCCUUAAUUUGUAUCACAGCAAUUUGUGCUUAGUGAGUAUUUAUACCUAAUUUCUGGUUACCCGUAGGAAAACUUACAAUUUACAGUGUUAUUCUGUGCGGAAAGAGAAUAGGUAUGUCAAUUAAUUUAUUCACAAAAAUUAUAUACUUUUAAUUGUUAUAUAUUAAUGACAAUUGAACUAUGAUAACGUGUGUUGUCAUAAGACAGACAAAGAUCACCUCAAAUGUCACAUCCAAAUGAAAUGUUGUCCAAAUGAACAUUCAGAAUCUGUUAUAACGACAUCGAAGGGAUUACUCAUAUUAGGUCGUAAAAACCGACAGACUUAACAGCUCAUGACGUUGUUAUUAAGUUAUAUAAUAAUAUAUAUUAUUACAUAAUACAAUAGAAUUCAGCCGGGACCUUUGAUUUUGUGUCCAUAUAACCGGCAUGUUGUUCAAAACGAUGUCAUCGUUAAAGUUUUUGACUGUAUAAUUUAUUAAUAUAGAUAACACAUAGUAAGUACAUUUAAGAAUUUCAAUAAGACAAUUUAAAAAAUCUCCUGGCAAGUUUUAAGGUAAUGGGAGUCAGUCUUGUAUACAGCAGUAUUUAUUAGUGAGUCAUGUGUAUCGGAAUAUUUUUAAGGCUUUUCAAAGUGAAUAGACAAACUAUUUAGUUUGUUGGACUCUUAACUACUCUUUCUGUUAUGUUUACAUUUUGAAGAGACGUAAGGGUUUUUGUUAAAACUGAGAUUUCGUUUUUAUAAAGCAUUUUAUAUACACCAUAGAUACGGAAUUUAGUGUAUUUAUUACAAGUGGAAAACACUUUAAUUUUAUUAAGGUUCAGACUUGGUCGCCAUCACGGUUAAAUUCAAGAGUUGGUACAAGUUCCCAAUAACAUAGUAUUAUUGUGCCUGUAUGUAAAGAACUAGCAUAACAUAAAUUACUAUCAAAUCUAUAAGCAAUUAUAUUAUUCAGCCAAUAUUUUUUUAAUUAGCUAUAUUGUAUUAUCACCAAAAU